GGCAGCUAGUGACGCGCGCGGACUCAUUGUAAAAGGGAGCGCGCUCUCGUGUGCGCGCGGCGCGGUGUGCAGAUGUGUCGCAGAUUUUGUAAAGUCACUGGACGCACGGAAAGAUCCAGCAGAAGGAAGUCGCUCCGGAUAAAUGGGCCCUUAAACUGACAGGAAAACAAAGCGGCUGUGGGAGAAACGGGAAGAAGAGGACAGGAGCGAAGGGCCGCUGUCACGAGCGGUCAACGUUAGCUUAGUUUGUGAAGGCGCGAGACGUUACUUUGACAGUUAAAAGCCAAAAGGACGGCGGCGUGCACGGAGAUGGAGCUGUCAGCGAUUGGAGAGCAAGUGUUCGCUGUGGAAUCAAUCGUCAAGAAAAGAGUUAGAAAGGGGAAUGUGGAGUAUCUGUUGAAGUGGAAAGGAUGGCCUCCAAAGUAUAGCACAUGGGAACCUGAGGAACACAUUUUGGAUCAGCGCUUGGUACAGGCCUAUGAAGAGAAAGAGCAGAGAGAGAGAACAUUGGGGCACAGGAGAAAGGGAUCCAAGGCCAAAAGACUUAUUCUGCAGGACACUGUCUACACCAUGGAUCUCCGCAGUGCUCACAAGACUCCAGAGCAACCUCAGCCGCGCUUGCGUCUCUCCCUGACACACUCUCUGCUCCCUGAGGACGAGGAUGAGUCGUACAGCACCCUGGACCCACGACCACAGCUGGAACAUCGGAAGAGCAAACCCAGGAGGUCACAGUUCACGUGCCUUGACUCAAACCCUCCAAGUCCCACACAAGAGGACUGGGGAGAAGAUGAAGAUGAGGAGGAGGAUAAUGUAGAAAGUGAAGAGUAUAGAGAGGAGGAAGAGGAGGAGGAGGAGGAGGAGAAAGAGGAGGCUCUGAAGACGACAACAGAGAAGAGCAGUGGCACUUUAAAUGGACAGGAGAGGACAGUCGAGUGGAGCUCCACCGUCGGACCAGAAGAGGUCACUGCAUCAGAGAAGCCGGGCGAUGUCUGGAGGCCUGUCAUCUGUCCAGGGGAGGUGACAGUCACAGAUGUCACCCUCAACUCCCUCACAGUGACAUUCCGAGAGUCAAGAGUGGCCAAAGGCUUCUUCAGAGACUGGGGCCUGGAGGUGUGAUGUGUGAUGUUUCAGUAGGUCUGGUGGAGAGGGCACUACGAGAAGGAGCUGGUUUAAUCACAGGGUGUGAAUGGUGGUCGAGGGCCAGGGUUGGUGGCGUUAUUCCCUCUCGGUAACCUCUCACUCUGUUCUUCCCCUUCCCUGCAACUUCCAGCCUGGUCAGUGGUAGGUUUACAUGCACAGAGUCAACCUGGGCGUAAGCCUCACUCCAUUUAAGGUUAUGUUUAGGUUGGCUGUUCACCUUUGAUGUGGUGAGACUGAGUUGCCUUGAAAAGGGUAUAAGUGGUUGUGACCUCUGUUGGUGAGUGAGGACAUGCAGAAACGUAGCCCCAACAAUUGAGUCACAUUUUUUCACAGAGAAGAGUCAACUAGCUGGCUGAAACAGAAACCAAACCAAAACGUGGUAAAGAUGCAAGAUUGUGUAAAAUCCAUGGAAAUAGAAUGAGAGUAGAACGGACAUUGAACUGUCGUGGUCAUUUGACUAGUACCAAAAAAAAUGGUGUAUGGUGUUAGUUGUUGUAGUGGCUGUAAAGUGUGCGUUUGAGAAUGCCAUUUUGGCCCAGUCUAACACACACAUCCAUCCAUUUUCUUUUUUUUUUUUAAUUUUAUUUUUAUUGAAUUUUACAUUAGUAUGACAGGGAGCAAGUAAACAAGCAAGGGUACAAAUACAUGUAGCAGCCAGACAUUGCCUUCUAGAGAUGAGCCAUUUAAAGUCUCUGUAAAAAGGAGUGCAUAGGCUUCCAAAUUCUCCAGAAUUUGUCCGAUUUGUGAUUGAGGUCAUGAGUCAAUUUUUCCAGGGGGAGAAGGGCUGAUAUUUGUGAUAUCCACAUGUCAGUCGUGGGGACCUGGGGGGUUGACCAUCGUAGCAGAAUACACUUCUUGGCCAAGAAUAGAAGGAUAAUUAGCAGAGAUUCAGUAUCUGUGUCAAAAAGACUGUCCGGAAUAUGACUUAACAAACAAAAUGGAGCAGUCAAUGAGAAAUGUUUACCAGUAACCUCCUGAAUCACUGAAUGGAUCCCAUUCCAGAAUGGCUGGAUGCGGUCACAUGACCAAAAUAAAUGAAUAAGUGUACCUUUAUGCUUUUUACAUUUAAAACACAGGUUUGAAGUGUUCGGGAAAAUUCUCUGGAGGCGAAUAGGUGUAAAAUAGAUCAUGUAAAAAAGUUUGAAAUUAUGUUCAUGUAUAGAGAUUGAAGUACAUUUUGGCAAAAUCCCAUUACAGAUCUUAGACCAGUC